AGCCUGCCCAGUGGCGAGGAUGGAGCUUUGCGAUGUCGAAAAGACCACCAUUACAGUCAACGUUGAUAAACCGAAGAGCAAGGAAAACUCCGAGAUUACGGUCAAGGAGUUUCUGGACUUCCUGAAGACGGCGUACCAGGUAAACGACAACUUGGAAGGCAUACUCAUUCAGGAAGGAAUGACCGACGUGGUCGAUUGGUUGAAAUUGAAGAACAGCAAGUUCGCAAACACCAAACCGAAGAAAGACGUAACUGCUGAACAUCAGCAAGACGCGAAUCCUGAGAUGGCCAAAAGUAAUACGCAUCUGGAAGAGCCACUUGAGAUGAAAUUGAAUGAAAUCUUACAGGAAGGUUUGCUGGAUUCAGUUUUACCAUACAUUGUCCCAUCAGGUAGUUCCAGUAGUAUUUCAAAGAGGCAACCAGUUAAAGAGAAAUCAAGUUUUAACGUACAACAGUCCAGCAGCGAGAGCGCGUUAAGUCGAAGGAAGUCGAGCUCCGCUGCAUUAGUAAAUAAAAUAACAAAGACAUUAUCAGAGGUGGAGAUACACGUGUACGAUGAAUUGAAGGGUACGAAGAAAGAUUUCAUCUGUAAUCAGAAAUUGCUCGUGGAGCAGAUGGGUUAUUUCGCUGACGUUACCAAAGAUCAGAAGCUCGACGACAUGGACAUUUCGGUGCAUUGCGAUAUAGCAAUCUUCGACUGGCUGAUGACGUGGAUGACAAAAUCAAAGACGACGGACGGAGAUAAACCCCAGUUGGAAGCCAGCGCAGCCAUUCCCAUCUUGGUAUCUGCGUCGUUUCUGCAAAUGGAAUCGCUGCUCGAAGAAUGCUUGUUCUACUGCCAUCGAAAUAUGAAUGAGAUACUGAAAACGGGCACGAACCUAUCGUGCCUGAACGACUCGAUAUUGACUAGACUGGCCGCUAUGUACACUAAUAUAGAGGUGGAGAAUAUCAAGGAUCGCAAAGACAAAAUACAAUCGCGUCUCUUCUGUAAAUUGAUUCAAUCACUUUGCGAGGUUGAGACGGAGUCUGUGCGUGGUCACUACUGUUCGUUGGCUUAUAUUUACAAAUGCAAACAUUGCCAGCAACUGGUUUCUCCGCCUUACUCACCGGAGAUCCCAUGCAUCCCUAGUUACAUGCGCUUGGAGUACGACGGUUCCAUAACCAGUAGACACGAACGCGAUCCCCAAUGGAAUAUAAAUGAUUUUAUUGUAAGCCUUUAUAAAAGUUUAAAAACUUGGCGGAAAGUAUAUUGGCGGUUGUGGGGCUGCGCCCAUUUCCUCUACUGUCUCUCUUGUAAGAAGUAUUUUCCGGUAAGACAAGAGGGCUGGUGCAGAUAUCACCCCGACCAUCCGCAGUUCUUCACCAUGGACACGCAAAAACCCCCUUUGCCAGUUGGAAGGUAUCCUUGUUGUGGCGAAAGAACCUACAGGUUUCAGUUGUUGGAUGACAGGACCGGCUGUCACUGCAGGGAUCACACGAUUUGCACCAAGGAUAUUAAGGAUGCAUCCAUUGCAGGAUUGUUGGACAAUUAUCGUGCUCUAAUAUGCGAGGAAGCUCCUCGUUUGGUCUUUCCUGAUAGGCUGACAAGAUUGGUGGCAAGAGAUACCAACGAACCGGACGAUGGGAAAUUGGACAGCAAGGAGGUGCUUUGGUGGGACGGUCUCGAAAUCGUACCGCCCCGUCAGAAGCUGGGCCUUCUCGGAUCCAUUUGCGAGAACCACGGCGAAAGUGACGACGACGAAUACUCGACCCAUUCGGAAACGGAUGACAGCGACAGCACUUUCACCUCCUCGUCGAGCCGCCACAGCGAAUCGUCGUAUGCCUCGACCAAAAAGAAGAAGGUAACUAAAAAGCGGAAUAAAAAGAAAAUGAACGGGAAACUGUGGCAGAUGAGUUUAUCGGCGCGCUCCAAUCAGGAUUUGCAGAGAAGCAACGAGGAAACCGCUUUCAAGAAGAUGACCAAUCUGCUCAACGAGCGCACAAUCUCAUCGGAUUCCCCGAUCAAGCAUUGCAACAAGUUAUACACCAGACAAUACAAUCACGCCGGUGGAAUCUGGGUGCGGUUGGAGGCGGACUGGCGCGAGAAGAAUGCCGUUUCCAACAGCAAGAACAAGAACAUCUACACUGGAAAGGUCAAAAUGAAAAGCAGCAAAGUACUUUGAAACAUUGUCUUACCAUAAAAUUUCGCGUGCCGUAUGUAUUGUUUCUAGAGCACAAUCGCACUCCAGCUUUGUAGACUCAAAUGCACCUUCAUUUAAUAUAAUAUCUAUAAA